AUGUGGCUCAUGCAAUUCAUGUCGAACUACCACGGUGUGAGAUUCAAACACGGGUCUUCAAGUCAUUUUUCCCAAAAUCGAUCAACCGAUCUGCAAUUUCCGCAGCAUCCACUGUCUCCUUGCCGUUCAGUCGCCGCCACCCGCCAUUUCUGGUUUCCUCUGGAGUUCAGCCGCUGCCGCCUACUGUCGUCUUCCUCUCGUGUUCAGCCGCUGUCGCCCGCCGUCGCCUCCCUCUCGCGUUCAGCCGCCGCCUGCCAUUUCUGGUCUCCUCUCGCGUUCAGCCGCCGCCCGCCAUUUCUGGUCUCCUCUCGCGUUCAGCCGUUGCCGCCUGCCCCCUGCCGUUGCCUCCCUGCCACAGCAACGUCGCCGGCCCCUUCUCGAUCGGUUGCUUUUAAUACGAAAGUUUUUCAUCCAAAUAUUAACAGCAAUGGUAGCAUCUGCCUUGAUAUCUUGAAGGACCAAUGGAGCCCUGCUUUGACCAUCUCAAAGGUUUUGUUAAAUUUGAUGUUUCUUACUAAUUUGCUGAGAACUAAUGCAUACCAUCUUGUCAUUUAAAAAGACUCCCUAAUUCUGAAUGACUGAAUCAGCCUUCCCUAAUUUCUUUAUUAGCUUUAUCUUUUCAAUUAACUUC